AUGAAGGCUAUACGCACAAUUGCAGGGGAUUAUAAUGAGGAUGAUAUAUAUAAUAUGGAUGAAACAGGGCUUUUCUGGCGUAUGCCCCCAUCACAGAGCCUAUCUUCAGCCAAUAGGCCUGGUGUCAAACGGGAUAAAAGCCGGAUCUCAGUUAUCUGCUGCGUUAAUGCCUCUGGAACUGAUCGAUUGCCAGUUUGGGUGAUUGGUAAAGCACGUAUGCCACGAGCUCUCCGCAAUGUCAACAUACCUGCAAUGGGAGCUGAGUGGCGAUGGAAUAAGAAGGCCUGGGUGGAUCAAAUUGUCAUGCGAGAGUGGUUAUUAGCAUUCUAUAGCCAUAUUGGCAAGCGAGCAGUCCUUCUUACUAUGGAUAAUUUUGCUGCACAUCUAGCUGGACUUGAAUUAGCGCCACCACCACCGAACAUACGCAUUUGCUGGCUGCCAAAGAACUCAACUAGCCAGUAUCAGCCUCUUGAUCAAGGGAUUAUACAAAAUAUCAAGAUAUAUUACCGGAAACAAUGGUUGAAAUUCAUUCUUUACCAUUAUGAAUGCAAUCAAGAUCCACUACAGAUUGUGACACUGUUGGAUUGCAUUCGAUGGCCUGUACGAGCUUGGAAUCAUGACAUAUUGAGUACAACGAUCCUUGCCUGCUUCUAUAAAAGCACACUGGUUCUUAAUCCAGUGCAACUUCCAAUUGAAUCUCCAAAUCUAUCAUCUCUUUAUGGACAUGUACAGCAGUCUGGCCGCCUCUCAAACUGCAUGGAUAUUGGAAACUUCCUAAACCCAGUGGAAGAGUUAUUGGUUGUUGAGAGUGAGGAAGAGCUAUCAUCUGAGACUUUGCUUGAGCAUUUGAUUACAGGGGCUUCAAAUACUGGAGAUGUAUAUAAUGAUGAUCAAGAGGAUGAUUCUCCGGAGCCAGCACCACUUCCAAAGCCUUUGGAAGAUCUGAAUGCUGUGCGACUGCUGAUUUCUUAUAUGGAAGGGCAGGAUGUGUCUAGAGCAUCUCUUCUUCGGUCCCUUGAACGCCUUGAACGAGACCUGGAGAGUGAGAUAAUCACAUCGCGGACCCAGGGCACACUGGAUAGUUGGCUUAGAUAA